UCCAGAAAGAGAGAAUCCAUGGAUUGUCACUGCAUCAAGCUUAUGCAUGCUGUGUUGCUAUGGGUGAUUGCAGCAGCAGCAGCAGCAGCAGGAACAGCAUCAGCCCAAACCAUUGCGCCGGACUGCCAAGCUACAUGUGGGGGCGUCACCAUUCCAUACCCGUUUGGCACAACGGAAGGUUGUUACUUGAACAGAAACUACUUGAUAACUUGUAACAACACCUUCAGCCCUCCAAAACCAUUUCUCCGGACCGGUAAUAUUGAAGUCCUAAACAUAUCGCUCGUUGAUCAUUAUCUGCGCGUCCUCACCCCUGUAGGCAGUGAUUGUUAUAACGAGAAGGGCGGGCGUCGACAAGUCACUGCCCGCACUACUUUAUCAAGGUUCCCCUUCUCAAAUACGCGCAACAAGUUCACAGCCAUCGGGUGCGACACCUUUGCAGUGAUCAUGAAUGGUAUGAAUGGCCAAAGCAUCUCAACCGGGUGUUUGUCCAUGUGCGACAGUAUCCAAAGUGUGACCAAUGGGUCAUGCUCCGGAAUAGGGUGUUGCCAGACCUCCAUUCCUAAAGGUCUCCUCAAUUUUAAUGUGACUGUUAGCAGCUUUAGCAACCACUCCGACAUCUUGAGCUUUAAUCCCUGCAGCUAUACUUUCUUAACUGAAGAAGACUCCUUCAACUUCUCUUCUGCUGAUCUUAUAGAUCUGCAGAACAGAAGUCACGUCCCAACUGUGCUGGAUUGGGCCGUGGGAGAGCAAACGUGCGAAGAAGCUCAGAAGAACUUGACAAGUUUCGCAUGUCAGGCAAAUAGUAUUUGUUUUGACUCCAACAAUGAUUAUGGGUAUCAAUGCAAUUGCUCAGCAGGUUACCAAGGGAACCCAUACCUCCCCAGUGGUUGCCAAGAUAUUGACGAGUGUGGAGAUCCAAAUCUCAAUCAGUGCACAAAAAAUUGCAUCAACACACUAGGGAGUUAUACUUGUUCUUGCCCCAAAGGGUACCAUGGAGAUGGCAGACAAGAUGGAGAAGGUUGCAUUGCUGAUGAUCAGUUACUAGCGAUCAAGAUUGCCAUUGGUAUUAGCAUUGGCUUUCUGGCAUUAAUAAUUGGGAGCUCAUGGUUGUAUUGGAUACACAAGAGAAGAAAGUUCAUUAAACUCAAAGAAAAAUUCUUUUGGCAAAAUGGUGGUUUAAUGUUACAACAACAACUUUCUGGGCAAGAAGGAUCCAAUGAAACGGUUAAAAUUUUUACUGCAGAAGAGCUUGAGAAGGCUACCAACAAGUAUGAUGAAGGUAAAAUCAUCGGCACCGGAGGAUAUGGAACAGUUUAUAAGGGAAUUUUGGUUGAUGGUAGAACAGUUGCAAUCAAGAAGUCUAAGGUAGUGGAUCAAAGCCAAAUUGAGCAAUUUAUAAAUGAGGUAGUUAUACUAUCUCAAAUCAAUCAUAGAAAUGUGGUCAAACUCUUAGGUUGCUGUCUAGAGACUGAAGUUCCUUUAUUAGUUUAUGAAUUCAUCACCAAUGGCACCUUGUUUGACCACAUUCAUGAUGAAGGUAAGGCAUCCAACAUCUCAUGGGAAGCUCGUCUAAGGAUUGCAGCAGAAACUGCUGAAGUGUUAUCAUAUUUGCAUUCUGCAGCUUCUAUACCAAUAAUUCAUAGGGAUGUUAAGUCUAAUAACAUUCUUUUGGAUGAUAAUUAUACUGCAAAAGUGUCGGAUUUUGGUGCUUCAAGAUUGGUUCCAAUGGAUCAAAGUCAAUUAUCUACAAUGGUUCAAGGAACUUUGGGAUAUUUAGACCCUGAAUAUCUACAAACAAGCCAAUUAACUGAGAAAAGUGAUGUUUAUAGCUUUGGAGUUGUCCUUGUGGAGCUACUAACAGGAAAACAAGUACUCUCAUAUGACAGGUCUGAAGAGCAAAGAAGUUUAGCUAUGUAUUUUCUUUCUUCAUUAAAAGAGGAUCGAUUGUUUCAAGUUCUUGAAAACUAUAUAAUGAAGGAUGAAAAUACUCAACAGAUUAAAGAAGUUGCUACACUUGCGAAGAAAUGCUUAAGAGUAAAAGGAGAAGAAAGACCCAGUAUGAAGGACGUAACAAUGGAACUAGAGAGGAUAAGAAAUAUGAAAAACAAUCGAUGGAUUGACGUUGAUCUGAAUUCAGAAAUGGAGUACUUGUUUAGUAAACCAUUAGGUGCCUAUAUUCAUGAUGGUAGUAAUAGCACAACUCUUGCAUACGAUAGCAUGAAAUAUCAUGUAAUUUCACCUGUAAAUGAUGGGAGAUGAUUGAGAGGUUUUACUUAUUUACUUAUUUUUUGUAAUAUGAACA